AAGCAAGUGUCAACCAUAUGUUUAUUAUAACCUCAAAACUGGCAUUUGAGAGAGUUUCAUAGAUUUUUUAAUGUUUAUAUUAUACAAUAUAUGAUUAAACAAUGAAAGUAAGUGUGGAACAAGUAUACACAUCCGUGGCGUGUAACCGUACGCCAGAAAUUAUCGACUGGAAUGAACAAGGACUCAUUUGUUUUGGUGCUUCCAACUCUGUUGUUGUUUACGAUACGAAUCUCAGAGGCAAAGACCCUCUAACUGUGCUGAGCCACCAUCGCUCCCAAGUGAACACAGUAAAAUGGCUCUGCAAACCAGACGGUACCUGCACUGAACUGAUAUCUGGUUCUGCUGACAAGACUGCAGCUAUAUGGAGCUUGGUAGACGGCAUGUGGAAAGUCACCAACAGUCUUUCAGGACAUACGGAUGGGGUUACUUGUAUCCAUGGUGUCUAUAAUGAGGAUACGCUGCUAGUUUAUACUGGAUCUAUCGAUUCUACUGUACGAGUUUGGGAAAGAAAAGAUGAUGUGACUGUCCUCAAACAAGUAAUAAACCUGAACUCUGGUCUCUGCCUGACACUCCACUCGCACAUUCUACCAACAUCGCACAAGCCCAUACUGUUCUGUGCUCUGGACGAUCAUAAGAUACAUGUUUAUGUAGGUGACGAGUACCACAAGGUACACACAUUGGUAGGUCAUGAGGAUUGGGUACGAGGGUUGGAUGUUCAGGAUGUUGACAACUCAACAAUACUGCUGGCAUCUGCGUCCCAAGACACAUACAUCCGUCUAUGGCGCAUUGAGAAGCACGUACAACAGCCAGUCUCCAGAGGUAUUAAGGUGGAAGAGAAACUGUUCUCAGCUUACGGAGAGAACUGGUCUGUGAAGUUGGAAGCGGUGCUCGCUGGCCAUGAGGGGUGGGUGUAUGGGGUGCAGUGGCAGCCACCAGGAAUUGGAGAAACAAACAAAAAGCCGAUCUACCGUCUUCUGUCAUCAUCACUUGACAAGACAGUCAUCAUCUGGGAGCCUGAGUCAUCAUCAGAGAAAGGAGAGGGUGAAGGUGCCUGGGUGGAACGUGUGAGAGUGGGGGAAGUGGGGGGGAAUGGGCUAGGUUUCUAUGGAAGCAGGUUUGGACCUGAUGGCAAGUCGUUCUUGGGACAUGGAUACAAUGGGUCCUUCCACAUUUGGAAUCUUUGUAAGGAAACAGGUCAAUGGAAGCCGGCCGUGGUGUGCGGAGGCCACUUCAGCGCAGUGGAGGACGUGAGGUGGGAGCGUGAAGUACGCUACCUCAUGAGCGUCUCCGCUGAUCAGACCACCAGGGUGCAUGCGCCUUGGAAUACAGAACAUGGCACGGAAUGGCACGAGAUAGCCCGGCCCCAGGUCCACGGCUACGACUUAUCCUCCCUCGCGCUUAUAAACAGCACGAGUUUCGCUUCAGCCGCCGAAGAGAAGGUGAUACGAGUGUUCACUGCGCCGCACAACUUUGUUAAUAACUUCAAGAAUAUUACCGGAAUGGUUAUAGAGGGCGCUAAAGGAGGACCCGAAGGUGCAGCGGUACCUUCCCUCGGCCUAUCAAACAAGGCGGUGUUCAUAGGAGACGACGACCAACAGGACGCUGAUGAUGAUAACGAUGGCUUCUUUACGCCUGUUGAUAUGAUUGAGCCCCCAACCGAAGAGACAUUAAUGCAGAACACACUAUGGCCAGAGGUACAGAAGCUGUACGGUCACGGGUAUGAAGUGUUUGCGCUGGCCGCCAGCGCUGACGGCACCCUGCUCGCCUCCGCAUGCAAGGCCACCAGCGCAGAGCAUGCUGCUGUUAUUAUAUGGGACACAUCAAACUGGCAACAAAUACAAAAGCUAGUUUCCCACCAACUGACAGUAACGCAGCUGGCAUUUUCGCCAAACAGUCAACAGCUCCUCACAGUAUCCCGCGACAGACGCUGGACCUUAUACCAGAGGCAACAGGGCUCAAACUCGUUUGACAUGGUCGCGAGCACGGACAAGACGAACGGCGUACAUACGAGGAUAAUCUGGUGCUGUGCGUGGACGCGGGAUAGUAAGGCUUUCGGAACUGGCUCUAGAGAUGGGAAGAUUUGCAUCUGGUCAGAAAAUGGACCGUCAAACUCAUCUCUAGGCGACUACGGCCUCCUUGGGAAACCACUAGAGCUGAACAUUUCAGUCACGGCACUAGCAUUCGCGCCAUAUAAUGGAGAUGGCUUAGUACUGGCCGUCGGAUUGGAAACCGGAAUAAUCCGGAUGUACCACUUUGGAGUUGAAGGUUGGAGUCUACUAAAGGAAUUGGAUAAUAGCGCCGCCCACCAUCUGGCUGUAAAAAAACUUACUUUCAAGCCUACUGAGGAUAAUAAUAUAAUGUUGGCAAGUUGUGGAAACGACCAUCUUGUACGAAUAUACAAAGUUAUUAUUAAUUCGUGAUAAAUAUACUAUAUUUAUGUUUUA